AUGCCGAGGAGUAGCGGCAACAAGAGCAUGAACGAGCCGAUCGGGAACGCGACCACGCCGAGCGAGAACGGAUCGAUAACAAACCCGCGAAACAAGUUCUGCCCGACGCGCCUCGAGCCCUGGGUAGAAUUUUUGGAAGAGCAGAGGAUAACAUUCGGCGCAGUCUAUUCUACGCUCACCAACGAUGACCGAUCCUUCGAGAGUCAGGCCUUCCUACGUGGCCUCGGCGCUAGAGUAUCCCGUAGAGCGAUUUCGAACGAGAAGGACUUGGAGCAUUUCCAGCAUAAUAGUGUGGAAGAUCCGGUGCGUUCGAUCGUGCAGCGUCUGAUGGAGGAGGAGGCAUUCCGCGACGAGUUCGACGUCGGAGACGGCAUCAUCUUCGAGAACCAUCCGAGCGCCAUCAGCGAUGUCGCAGAAGAGGUCGUUGAGCGACAGGGGCCGCCGGUGACACCGCCGAGAACACCAGGCCCAGACGGACUAGACCGCAGCCAACUUCGGCCAGACCAGAUUUGCGUUUAUACGGCCGACGAGCAGUCGUCUCUGCGGAACAUGGCGUAUGUUAUGGAGUAUAAGGCACCCCACGAACUCACGCCUGUGCACAUGCGAGUCGGUCUGCACUCCAUGGACAUCCACAAACAAGUCGUCAAUCGAGCCACAGUGCCCACGGCGGACGACCAGGAGGCAUUGUUCCAGUAUCACGCUGAGAGACUAGCCACGGCUGCGAUCACCCAGACCUGUCACUACAUGAUCGAGAGCGGGCUCGAGUACGGAUUGUUGACGACAGGCGAGACGAUCGUCUUUCUCAAGAUUGAUUGGCAGAAGGAUCCCGGGAUGCUCUACUUUCACCUGGCCGAACCCGGGCCCGAGGUCUUGGCCCACCCCGACAACCUCCGUUCAUGCACGGCUGUGAGCCAGACAUUGACCUUCAGUUUGAUGGCUGUUGGCUCACCGAGAAGAAGGCGCCAACACGGGCAGGAUGUGCGUCGGCAAGCUAUGGAACACCUCAAGACAUGGUCUGAGGACUAUGAGAUCAUGCUACGAUCCAUCCUGGUCAGUGAGAGAACAGCCCCGGCCGACUCACCGGCAUACGAGCCUCGGACGUACCGCAAUGUUGACCGGUCCCCCUACCUCCUACGGAGAAGAAGACGCAUCGCGGCCGAUGUGCCGCCAAAAGAUCAGCUUCGGAAGGAACGAUCUCCAGAAUCCUCCGAUGACGAGCCCGAGCGACCGUUGCCGAGCACUCCCACGCCAGCUCCACGCGCCGACGACCAAGGCACCCGACGUAGCCAGCGAAUUCUGGCUCGUCGGCCACGUGGGGGCGGCAGCAGCAGCAACAGCGGCACCGGCACCGGCGCCGGCGAGGGCAGCUCAGGCCGUCCGGGCCGUUCAGUUCGUCAGUAUUGUUCGCAAAAGUGCCUCCGCGGAUUGAUGACGCGAAGUCCCAUGGAUAAUGCCUGCCCCAACGUGAUGCUUCAUCGAGAGCACGAUGGACAGACCCACCACCCUGUCGACCAUGACGAGUGGCUCCAGCUUCUUCGUAAGCAACUCAAGCGAUCACUGGACGAGGGAAUGGUCCGCCUAGGCAAGGAAGGGUCGCGGGGAGUGCUAUUUCAGCUCACGCUGCUUAAGUACGGCUACACCUUUGUCAGCAAGGGCACCGUGGCGGCGUUCAUCGAGGAUCUGGAGCAUGAGGCGGCAGUGUAUCAGCAUUUACACAGACUGCAAGGCAUCAGUGUGCCCGUCUUCAUGGGCGCUAUUGACCUCCGCGAUCUUGGGAGAACUUAUUAUUACGACCUGCGGGUUUACAUCGUACACCUGUCAUUUCUUGUGGGGAGGAGACAGCCUAGACUGUGCCGGGAACUUGGGCACGAUGAACAAGUCCCUCGAGGGAGAGGUGUUACGCUCCCUCAGAGAAUUGCAUAUGGAAGGGGUGAUGCAUCUUGA